CAUUUGCACACCAAUAUUAUUCCCUAUCAUCAACAAUAAAAUCACCAAACCAAACAGUCUCUUAAAUUUUUUUUUUGCCUUUUCCCAUUUUAAAAAAUUCAAUAUUUUUGGCCCUUUUUCGAAGCAUGUGAUUGAGAUUUAGAUUUACAUACAUUCUUGAAUGUUAAAUGACAUAGUAGAAAAUUCACCGCAUGGCGCUCUCAAUUGCAUCACUUUUACCUUUAUCCCCAUUAGAUUUCACCACACCAUUCUUGUGACUCUCUCGCUCUCUCUCUCUCAUCAUUUUUAAUCCAUUUUCACUAUAUUUUUCGAGGAGUUGUUUGCUUUCUUAAAUCUCUGGAAUUCCAUUUCCGGUAUUUUCGGUUGGGUUUGUUUCCAGUUGCCUUUUCUUCUUCUUAAUUUUUCAAACAGAAUUUCAUCACUUUACACGGCGUGAUUUUAUGCAAGCAAGAAUCAACCAUGAUCCUUAAUCGAGCUCUUUGAUUUAGCUGUGAAACCCUACUUAUUAGCUUUUUCCUUUUUUUUACUUUUCUGCAAAAAAUAGUUAAUUCCAUGAUCCCUCUCUCUCAUCCAAGAAUUAAUUUGUAGUGGGGAGUCUUGACGGUUUCUACUGAAAUCAAUGCUCAAUCCAAUCUGCUAGAACUUUCUAUUUUUGGCUAUUUUGAUUCAAAAUCUCUAAUUUUAGCCCCUUUUCUUUCCAUUCAUUAGCUGUGAAUACAAAAUUAAUGGUAGGGUUUGGUAUUUCUUCUUCCCUUCAUCAAUUCGAGGGAUGGGGUUUGGAUUUGGAUUUGGAUUUGGAUUUUGAUUUUGAUUUAGGGAAAAGAUUGGAUUUUUAGUGCGAUUUGAGGAGGGAAAAAUACUAUUAGAGGUUGGAUUGCGUUAGAAGGUUGUACAUAUGGAAGAAGGCAAAGAUCCCACUGCAGGGGGGAGGGUGGGUCAGCCUAGGGUUUUGCCACAGAGGGUGCUUCAGCUGCUUGUACUCUUUCUGGUUCUGUGCUUAACUUUCUCUAUCGUUAGCAUCUACAUGAUUAGAUACUUUGGAAUCAAUAGUAGUGUAGUGACAACCAUGAAGCCUAUAUUAGUGCCCUGCAAUCAUGAGCCGGUGGGUUUGGAUCGAUGGAUUGAGCCCCCCUCUAAUUUGAUGCACGGGAUGAGUGAUGAGGAGUUGUUUUGGAGGGCCACAUUAGUGCCCCGUGUGAGCAAGUAUCCGUUUGAGAGGGUUCCGAAAGUUGCGUUUAUGUUCUUGACUAAGGGGCCGUUGCCGUUGGCGCCUCUCUGGGAAAGGUUUUUUAAGGGGCAUGAAGGGAAGUAUUCGAUUUACAUUCACUCGUUGCCUAGUUAUGAGGCUGAUUUCCCAUCAGGAUCUGUGUUUUACAAGAGACAGAUACCGAGCCAGGUUUCCGAAUGGGGAAGGAUGAGCAUGUGCGACGCUGAGAGGAGGCUCUUGGCGAACGCCCUCCUCGACUUCUCCAACGAGCGCUUUGUCCUCCUCUCCGAGUCCUGCAUCCCCCUCUUCAACUUCACCACAAUCUACAACUACAUGAUGGGCUCCAAGUACAGCUUCAUGGGCGCGUUCGACGACCCAGGCCCAUACGGGCGUGGCCGCUACAACGAGAACAUGCUCCCGGAGGUCAACAUAUCCGACUGGCGCAAGGGGUCCCAGUGGUUCGAGGUGAACAGGAAGCUCGCAGUCUACGUCGUCCAAGACACAAAAUUCUACCCGAAAUUCCUCGACUUCUGCCGGCCGGCGUGCUACGUGGACGAGCACUACUUCCCGACCAUGCUGACCAUACAGGCGGGCGGGCUCCUGGCAAACCGGAGCCUGACGUGGGUUGACUGGUCAAGGGGCGGGGCCCACCCAGCCACGUUCGGGGCGGCCGAUGUGACGGAUGAGUUCUUCAUGAGGAGGAUAUAUGAGGGGCAGAGGUGCUUGUAUAAUGGGCAGAAUUCAUCUGUUUGUUUUCUGUUUGCAAGAAAGUUCUCUCCAAGUGCUUUGCAAGCUUUGUUUCUAUUAGCUCCUAAAUUCUUAGGUUUUUAGUGGAAAAAUAAAUGAUUGGAAAGAUAAAAGCAGGUGGAGAAUUCUUCUUUUGUUAGAAUAAACUUGAUAGUAUGAUGAUAUAGCACAAGUUUUGAUCCAAGAUUUUUGAUUGACUAUAUAUAUAGAAUUUGAGUAUAUGAAGCAAAA